AUGGCGGCCGAAACUGGUGAUGGACGCGUUCAGAAAAUGGAAGUGGAUUAUUCAUCCACUGUAGACGAAAAGCUACCAAAAUGUGAAAAACUUGCAAAGCAAGGAAACCUUGUUGAAGCUAUUGAUAUGCUGCUCAGCCUUGAGAAACAGACGAGAACUGGUGCUGACACUCACUCAACUAGCAGAAUUUUAGUUGCAAUCAUCAAAAUGUGCUUUGAGGCCAAUAACUGGGAACUUCUUAAUGAACAUAUUGUUUUAUUGACAAAGAAACGAGGACAGAUCAAGCAGGCUGUCACCAAGAUGAUCCAGGAGGCUUGUUCUUAUGUGGACAAAACUCCAAACCAAGAGAUCAAAUUGAAACUCAUUGACACACUGAGAACUGUCACUGCUGGCAAAAUUUAUGUUGAAAUUGAAAGAGCUCGGCUUACACGUAUUUUGGCUAAAAUCAAAGAGGAUGAGGGCAACAUCAAUGAAGCUGCAAGUAUUCUACAGGAACUCCAGGUUGAAACUUUUGGUUCAAUGGACAAAAAAGAAAAGGUAGAAUUCAUUCUGGAGCAGAUGAGGCUCUGUCUGGCCAAGAAAGAUUAUAUCCGCACCCAGAUUAUUAGCAAAAAGAUCAGUACCAAAUUUUUUGAUGAAGCAGACACUACGGAACUUAAGCUUAAAUAUUAUCAACUGAUGAUUGAAUUGGAUGAACAUGAAGGCUCCUAUUUGGCCAUUUGCAAGCAUUACCAGGCCAUUUAUAACACUCCAGCCAUUCAAGAAGACAAAGACAAAAUGGCUGAUGCUCUCAAAUGUGUAAUUCUUUAUUUGAUUCUGGCUCCAUAUGACAAUGAGCAAUCAGAUCUCUUACACAGAAUUGGCCAGGAGAAAAAUUUAAAUGAAAUUCCAAAAUACAAAGAUCUGCACAACUUGUUCACAACAUCAGAGCUUAUCUACUGGAAGCAAUUGUGUGCAGAUUAUGAGACAGAACUGAAGCAAGGUUCUAAGGGUUGCCCAGCUACACAUGUGUUCAGUUCUAAACACCCAGGAUCUUCAAAAAGAUGGCAGGACCUCAAAAACAGGGUUGUAGAACAUAAUAUCCGUGUGAUGGCCAAGUAUUACACAAGAGUACGUAUGUGUCGUAUGGCUCAACUGUUAGAUUUAUCUGAAGAUGAAACUGAAGAGUUUCUCUCCAAUUUGGUCGUGAAUAAAACUGUUCAAGCCAAGAUGGAUCGUCUAGAUGGUAUCAUCAAUUUCCGUCAACACAAGGAUCCGAACAGCAUUUUGAAUGAUUGGUUCUUUUCUCUGCAAAUUACAUCCCAUCAUCAGUCUGACAAGUUUCUCAGCCCCUCCAACUCCCUUUAG